UAGGCGCAGUCUCCUGCUCCUGUUCAUCCAUUGUUGUGGGGCCGAAGUCUGUCCGGAACAAUGUGCAUGUUUGUCUUACGUCAACUGCAUGGGCCGAGACCUUACGGAAAUACCCGAAGAUUUGCCGAACGACACUAGCACUCUUGACCUGCGACUGAACAACCUGCGCCGCCUAACGGAGGGGGUGUUUUCUGCAGUACCGAAGCUAGUCUACCUGCAUUUGGACUCUACAAACAUACACGAAAUACACGACCUAGCCUUCAUCAAUCUUUACCGUUUACAUCACUUGUAUCUCUCCCAGAACAGUCUCUCCACAGUUCCCUGUGCAGCCUUUCAGAUAAUACCACAUCUAACACAUCUUCGUCUGAGUGGAAACGCAAUCUCAACCAUUCCACCAAACUGCUUUGAAGGAAUUAAUAACUUAUAUGGCAUAGAGCUUGACAACAACCGGAUUCAAAGCCUCCAUGAAGACGCGUUUUCGGGGCUACAGGAACUCCGUGACUUGAAUGUUGCCUAUAACAGACUUGUUGCAGUACCGGAACAAGCUCUAAACCAGAUUCCAAACUUGCAAACUCUUCGUCUUGACGGGAAUCCAAUUCACAUUAUAGGAUCAGACGACUUUAAAAACGUCAGCCGCCUGGUUUCUCUGUCUCUUGGUAACCUAGGCGAAGGCCUUGACAUAGAGGAAGGUGCCCUGUCUCAUCUUAGUCUUGUAAAGUUAACUUUGUCGGACAACAGCCUACAUGACCUGCCUGUUUCUGUCCGAAACGUGAGUUCACUGGUCCAGUUCGACCUUCGUGGCAACUUCUUCCCCAUCAUCUUCGAAUCUUGGUUCGAAAACAUGGCGGAGUUACAGACGCUGAACCUGGCCUCUGUGAGCCUGCAGUUCCUGUUCGAACCGGCUCUCCGUGGCUUGUUCUCACUCAGAACUCUCUAUCUAAACCACAACGCGCUGGAAUCUCUGUUUGAGACAACAUUCCAGGAUACCCAAGCGCUUAAGUCUCUCCAGCUAAACAACAACGAGCUUCAGACUCUACCAGCUGGAUUGUUCGCAGGUCUGACGUCCCUAGAGAGUAUCUUCCUCUACAACAAUAAGCUAACAGAGCUUCCGGCCGAACUCUUUACAGACACAGUAUCGUUGAAAUACUUGUACCUAUCUGGUAACAGGGUGGUGACUCUUCCGGGGGACAUUUUUCACGGGCUACACUCGCUGUCGUUCCUUGAUCUUUCACUGAAUCAUCUGGAAGAACUACCUGAAGAAUUAUUUGACAAUUUGACGUCACUGGAGCUGCUGUAUCUCCAUGGCAACCGACUGACGGAAGUCCCAUCUAGUCUCGAGAGAAUGAUGACGCAGUUGAGGGAAGUCAGCCUGGACGAUAAUCCAAUAGAGAUCGACUAGGCUACUAUCUAACCUAUAGUCUUAGUCAACCGGCGACAUACUUUAUUGCUCAUUAGCUAACAUUCAUGCUAACAUACAUCAAAGUUGCUUCCGAUUUCUUUUCGACACAUUCCUUGCCUACGUAAUAACAUGAUUACAUUACAUUAGCUGGAAACCUAUUUGAAAUCGUGAUUAUCAUUGAUUUCCAUGUAAGCUUAUUUAAGCAAAAAAACGAAUGAAGAAUAUAAUGCAUGGCUUUCCUAAACCUUCGGUAAGAAAUCUAAAAGGUGACACGUGAUGUAAAGUUGAUAGAUAGCGAAAGAAAUAAAGCAUCAUGUUCUUAUUCAUUUUACCAUUCACUUGUCAAGGACGGUACGGAUUAGCAAAUAGAAUACAGUUGACUGAUAGCAAGGUUAAGCACGUGUAAAAUAAUACAUGACCUACUUUACACUUAACAUCUGUUACCAUGAAACAAAAGCGCUUGUAACGUGAAACAUAAUGUAGAUAUCUUUGUAUCUUUUUUAUUGAUUGUCAUGUGGGAUGUUUUUCAUUUGGGGCAAAGUGCAUGGCUAAACAUCUUUUCGUUUUAUUCUUUACAUUGUCAACUGUUUUACUUUUUAAAUGUAAAAUGUACAAAUUUGUCUAAGAAUUGUCCGAAUUGUCUAGCUUACAAAUCAACGACAUUACUGUAAUUUCUUUUCAAUUUGAAGGUAAAUCCAACAAAAUAGAUUUAGAUUUUAUCACAUUGUUUAAGUACUUUCAAUUAAUGACUAUAUGAGUGU